UGAGCUAUCAGGGGCGAAGGCAGCUGAUUGGUGGAGAGAGAGCAUAAAGCGUCUGAACUGCUACGGCAUUGCUCAAACAGGUGAAGACUUGGAUGAAGAGAGAUCUUCGUCUGCUCCACUUGCUACUGACAGUCUACUUAACUGGCUACUUGUGGCCUACUCAUCUAGUGAUUUACUGACCUGCUGAGCUACUAACUUGUCUGAACCCUCCUCCUUCCCUUCUUGUACUUGAUCUGAUCCGGGUACUCUCCCUGACCCCCUUCUUCUCCUGCCACACGCCCUCCCCAAUCCCAUCCCUUUUUAAACUCCGCCCCCCCCCACCCCCUUUCCCACCCCGUCCCUUCCCGUCCCACCCCCACCACCUCCUCACCCCCAUCUGCACCUCCUCUCUGGUGCCCAGGCCCCCCCUGAAAAGACCAGAACAUGAAUGUUCAGAAGCUACUUUUCUAUAUCCUCUUACUCGGGUAUCUCGGUUACCCCGACACAAAUCUUGUCCCUAUUUUGGCUGACCAUUUCCCUCGUGGCUCUCGUGUCUUCGGAACUCUGUGGAAGCUUGCCGUUAUUACUGCCACCGUUGCAAUUUGUGCAUGUCUUAUUUACCUCUGGAGCGUUGUCCUUGCUACAGAGCCUCCAGUAUAUCAAGUUAAUUUACAGCAAAAAACUGCAAAGAUCAACACGUUGGAGAAAGAAAACCCAGAGCUGGCUGAAGCAAUAUCCAUGUGGGAAGAGAAGAUACAUCUUCAAGAAGCUAAGAGAGAAAGUAACAUUCACUCUGCUGAAGCUCUUAAGUUGAAAUCAGAAGAUGCAAACGGUCAAUUUGAGGAUCCAGAACGGAGAGCCUUGAGGUCCAAUAAAUGUGAACUGGAAGAAAGGAAGAAGGCCCUGGAAGACAUUUAUAAUGCUUUGAGUUCUCUUAAACCAAUCAGGGAAGAAAAAGACAAAAGGCUGAAGGAGAGAGCCGACGUCCUUGAUAAAUUCUAUGAAGAAAGAAAAAUGGCUACAGCAAAGAAUCUGGAUAUGACAAACUGUGAACUAGUGGCAAUGAAGAAUCAGAUGGCAACUGCAGAGGAAGAUCUGAAAAUAGCUACAAGGGACAUACACAAGUGCAAACAGCAAAUUGAACAAACAGGAGAACAGCUGCAGAAGGCAGAACUCACCUUCAGACACCAGGUCGCAGUUUAUGAGUGUAAUGCUCAGGACACCUGGAUCAAGACUCGGAUCUGGGAGAGGAAAAUGGCAGAGCAGAGCCGAGAGGUUGCCCGCUUGAAACACAGACUGGAUGUGAUGGAAGGAAAGAGGCUGCUUGAGGGAUACAGGAGGCAGAGACCAAUUCCUGGAAGUCCAGAGACGCAGAACCCUGCGAGGAGAGAGCCUUUAGCCGAAGCUGGUGUCACUCCCAUGACUCACAACAACAAGCAGUCUACCAACAAUGCCGAGAAGGACAAGGGCAGUGUGGAUCCGGGGCGACCUGCUCCAUCAACUGGAAGAUUCUGCACACCCUACCCUAGAGGCCACCCUAUGAUCUCCUGGGCACAUCCACCUCCUGUACCAGGUUCGGGACCACCCCGAACCCCUCCACCUGCACCACUUGGGCCUUUUGCAGAUCCAGAUGUUGCUCCUGUGAGUAACAUCAACACUAACUCUACCAACAGGACCACGAAGGACAAGGGCAGUGUGGAUCCGGGGCGACCUGCUCCAUCAACUGGAAGAUUCUGCACACCCUACCCUAGAGGCCACCCUAUGAUCUCCUGGGCACAUCCACCUCCUGUACCAGGUUCGGGACCACCCCGAACCCCUCCACCUGCACCACUUGGGCCUUUUGCAGAUCCAGAUGUUGCUCCUGUGAGUAACAUCAACACUAACUCUACCAACAGGACCACGAAGGACAAGGGCAGUGUGGAUCCGGGGCGACCUGCUCCAUCAACUGGAAGAUUCUGCACACCCUACCCUAGAGGCCACCCUAUGAUCUCCUGGGCACAUCCACCUCCUGUACCAGGUUCGGGACCACCCCGAACCCCUCCACCUGCACCACUUGGGCCUUUUGCAGAUCCAGAUGUUGCUCCUGUGAGUAACAUCAACACUAACUCUACCAACAGGACCACGAAGGACAAGGCCAUUAUGAAUGCAAGAGGGCCUGGUCCUUUCCCAGGAUCGCCUUGCAGGCUGUCCCCCGUGGACCACCCUUCACCACCAGUCACGGGCUAUGGACCACCUCCGUCUCCUCCACCAGCUCCUCCACGUACUAAAUUUGGUUUGCACCUCCGAAACUUCCCUCGCAAUCUCCUGAGGCUUUGCCUGUGUUCCUGCUGUGUCAGCUCUAACACCAGCUCUCGGCGGUCAUCUCAGAGCCUCAGGAGAAUGUGAAGUUUGAAGAGGACCCUGAACUGUGACCAAUAGGCUGUGGUGAUGUGAUAUAUUUAGAAAAGUUGUCUGAUAUGCAUAUUUGACUGAAUUCUUUCCCUGACCAUUCCUGUCCCCCUCUAUUUUGUUUUUCCUCGUUUCCCCUAAUAAACCCAUCACAGUUCUGUA